AUGUUAUCCAAUGAAGAUAAUGAUGAUAAUGAUUUAGUCAAGAUAUUAUUAUUAGAAAGUAUAAUAUCGUUCAAAUGUGAAAAUGAAGAUCAACAAAUAGUCUCUUCUUUGUUGGAUUUAAAGAAACAUGUAACCUUUGCACUUCAAAAAUGUGAACGAAAAUUAAAAGCAAUAGAAAAAAAUUUGCAAAAACAUGCACUUGGAGAUACAAAAAUUUUAAUUUGUAAUGCCGGUAUGCCAUAUUUUAAAGAUAAAUAUUAUUUUUUUGCUCCUAAUAAUGAAGAUGAGAUAUUAAAAGAAAACAGUAAAGAAUUACAACUAAGAAAUCUUCCUAAAGUUUCUUCAUGGACAAAAAAAGAAAGAGAUAUGCUUUUAAAAGCAAUACAAAAGGAAGCCAUUUCAGAUGUAUUAUGUAUUCAAAAAUUAGAAUAUAUUCAUUCUCCACUUGAUUGUUCUGUCAUGUGGAAUGUUUUUCUUCAACCUGACAUUAAUAAAAGUCAUUGGACAAAAUCAGAAGAUAUUAAACUUAGAAAAAUUGUGAAAAAAUAUAAAUUUCAAAACUGGGACAAAAUUGCUAAAGAAUUAAAUACAAAUCGUACUGCAUAUCAAUGUUUCAUUAGAUAUAAUACAACAAAAAAAUUACCCAAAAUUAGAAAUUGCACUUGGGAAAAUGAAGAAGAUGAAAGACUUUUGAAAUUAAUAGAAAUAUUUAAAGUUGGUGAUUUUAUCCCUUGGGGUGAUGUAGCUAGUUGGAUGCAAAAUAGAACUAAACAACAAGCAUAUUCCGAUGGACAUACAGUUUAA